GAUAAGUUAUUUUCAGUUCGACUCCACGUACAUGGAUCAUUCAGAAAACAUUCCCUCUUGCGAUCACAAACCUCCUCGUUUGAUCACAAGAGAUCAAGAGCACGUGAUCAUGGUUUCUGCUCUGCGACAAGUCAUAUCCAACGUCCGAGGUGACAAUUCAUCAUCGAACUCGGUUGCAUGCGAAGCUCUUCAUCAACCUUUGGACGCUGGCCCUUGUCCUCUCUGCAAUAUUACCGGUUGCUUAGGUUGCGCAUUCCCAGUGCAUGAAGAGAUAGAGAAGGAGAAGAAGCACAAAGGUGUGAGGCAAAAGCCAUCAGGUAAAUGGUCUGCCGAGAUAUGGGAUCCGAGUUUGCAAAGAAGAAGGUGGCUUGGAACAUUUCCAACAGCUAAAAUGGCUGCGGAGGCUUACGAUGAUGCGGAGUCUAAGCUUGUCAAAAGAAAGGCAGCAAGAAGUGGCACAAUGAACGGAGAUGAACCAUCCAUACACCGAGAAGACGACGGUGAAGAUGAGUGAGAAUUUUUUCGGUCGUGUCUCACUCGAAGUAAACAUGCAGUGAAAUUACACACACAUAUCAUUUAAA